CUCUGCGGGCCGUGGCCCACAACGGCACCAUGCUACGUUUCAAGAGCAUCGCGGCGGACGUUCGCCGGGCUCUGGAUGCGCUGCAGGAGUGCCUUCACAAGGCUCCUGUCUGGCCGGGAGGGAUGCUGUUUGUCAAGGUCCCCAAAAUCGAGUUGCUACUGCCGUUCGUGAAAGCAGCGUAUUUCGUAGGCGCUGGCCAACCACCACCUUCAAGCUCCGAACAAGUACAGUAUGUCCAGCGAGGUCGCCAGCGCCACGCCUUCGCUGGUGCACGAGCUGGCCGUCUUCCUGCACGAGGAGGCGCCAACCGGCCGCGCGCUGAACCUGGUGCGGUACCUGCUGUUCGAGCGUCUCCUGCCACUGUCCACCUCGCGCCUGGAUGAGGCGCUCGACCUGGACGGCCGCAGCGCGUUGAAGCUUCGCAUUCGCGCCUGCAAGGAGGCCGUGCGCCGCGUCGAGCCGCAGACGUGGCAGUUCCUCACUUUGCAGGAGAUUCUCACCAAACGACGCGAGUCCCAGUCCGCACGCAUCGUGUCGGCGGUGCUGAACGCAACGAUGGCCGAGUACGCCCGGUGGCAGGACAACGUGACGCUGGAGCGCACCCGCGCGCGGCUGCAGCUGCUGCGCGCCGAGAGAACAUCGACACCGCUGCUGUCGGUGGCCGACGCGAACCGUCGGUACCGUCACGUGGCCGCUGUGAACUACGACACCGUGUUCCUGCACUGGUUCAUCACCUCGCUGUCCAAGGGCGCCGAGCUCGCGAAAGCCGCCGAUAUCAAGGCGCUCCGAGAUGCGGACGAUCUGCGUCAGUUGGACGUCCUCCGACACUCCAAAGUGCACGUGGACCCGCUGGACCCGGUGGUCCGCGUGUCUCCCGGCUUUAUGUUCGCCCCCUUCAUGGUGGACGACGACGCGCCACCAGACGGUGUGAACACGGGUGCCCUUGGCGCCACGGUGGGCUCACUGGUGGCCGAAUUCUUGGACCCCGCGCGUGGACCGCUGGACGGCGUGAGCAGGACAAGGCCCAUGUACGAAGCGGCGACUGCCGCCAAGUACCGCAAGGCGCUUGACUGCCUCCGGUCCAGGCGCUCCAGACACGGGCCGACGAUCGCCGACGAAGCAGAGGCAUCACAGGUACUCGUAGACCAGCUGGGCAUGCGUAUCGCCUACGCCGCCUUCGAGAAAAUGCGCAACGUUAGCAGCGCGAAAUCCGGGGGCUCGGCGCUGAUGGCCGAACUGUCUGAGCUGCUGGGCAGCGUGCAGCGAGCCUUCUUCGCGGCCUACUGUUUCCAGUUUUGCCAACACGAGGUGCCUCACGGUCUGGGACACGUGGCGUCGGGCCGCUUCCGUUGCAACGCCGUGCUCAGAGACGUCGAUGCCUUUUCGACAGCUUUCAAGUGCCCCGCGGGAAGCUCCAUGCGACCUGCGCCUGCUUGCGCGAUCUGAACAGCUCUCUGUUUCUCUGUAUUUUUCUCCUUAUCAAAUUUGGCGUAGUAUAUUUGCAUUUUAUUUAUUAGUUCAUCCUUUCCUCUGCUGCAUACGCGCGUGAAGUACACGUGCACAUUGCCCGCCAUACAAGGCCUUCAGGCUCCAAGCCUUUUGCGCUGUCCAGGUGGUGCUACGUAAACGCUGGUCUGCAGCGCCGUCUACGCCGCGUUUAU